AUGGCACCGAAGAUCUUCAUAACUGGGACCACAGGUUACAUUGGAGGAGAUGCACUGUACGCUCUUGAAAAAGCACACCCAGAAUACGAGUAUACAGUACUAGUUCGAAAUUCUGAUAGAGGAGCCCCAAUUGCUGCCGCCUACCCCAAAAUCCGCCUGGUGUACGGCACCUUGGACGACUCGAAAUUGCUCGAGGAGGAGAGCGCACGUGCCCACAUUGUUCUGCAUACCGCUGAUUCAUCAGAUCAUGGAGGAGCCGCAACUGCAAUCUCAAGAGGGCUUGCCGCCGGGCACACGAAAGAGAAGCCAGGCUUCUGGAUCCACAUUUCCGGGACAGGCAUUCUCACCUGGAAGGAUAGUGAAACCAAGACCUAUGGCGAGCCUCCAUCACAACCUCCCUAUGAUGACCUCGAGAACGUAGCUGGUCUCACCGGUCUUCCCGAUUCGGCCUUCCAUCGGGAUAUUGACAAGAUUGUCCUGGAAUCAGCUUCAGAUUCCGUCAAGACUGCAAUUGUAUGCCCGCCAACUAUUUACGGUCCUGGUCGUGGCCCCGUAAACAAAAGGAGUAGGCAGGUGUAUCACCUUGCCCGGAUUACACUUAAGCUUGGCAAAGCACCGCAAGUUGGGAGGGGUCUGACUGAAUGGGACAACGUCCACGUCCACGACCUCAGUGAUCUUUUCAUACUUCUUGUCGAGGCUGCUGUUGCAAACAAACCCGAACUGGAUUCCAAGAUCUGGGGUAAGGAAGGCUACUUCUUAGCAGAGAAUGGCCACCACGUAUGGGGAGAACUGUCAAAGCAAGUUGGUGAAGUUGCGUACGAAAGGGGGUACAUUAAGGAGAAAGGUGUCACGGCAAUGUCUCCCGACGAGGCCUCGAAGCAAGCUGGCUUUGAGGCUCUGUCGUGGGGCCUGAAUUCUAAAGGCUAUGCUAAGAGGGCGAGGAAGUAUUUGGGCUGGAAACCGAAAGCUAGAAGUUUGAAUGACGAGAUUCCAAAUAUUGUGGAUGGCGAGGCGGAGAUCCUGGGGCUGAAGGUUGGCCAUGCGGAGCAGGUUGCUACUGGCAAGCAGUGA